CCAAAGUGCCCUAGACAUGCGCACGUCCAUUCUUUUGAUUGCCCUCAUUGGCGUCGUGGCCGGUACGACGGCUGCGAGCGACGCGUCGCUCCGUAUGCAUCGCAGGGUCGCCAGACGCGGCGACUGCGUUACGUGCCACAGGACGAUCAUCCCGACGGAGACAAACACGGCGAUGGAGCUGAAGAAGGAGACGUUCCAUAAUGGGACGUUGAUGUGCCAGUACCAGAGCGUUGUGAAGAGCGAUGGGUAUGGGGAUGGGGAUGGGGGUAAUGGAGAAGAGGAUGGAGAUGGUGAAAAUGAUUUGGAGCCGGAAGGAGAUGAAGAAGAUGAGGAAGGCGGAGAGGACGAUGAAGACGAUGAGGAGGAUGAGGAGGACGAUGAGAAAGAUGAGGAGGAUAAAGAAGAUCGUGAAGACGAAGAGGACGGAGACAAUGCGGACGAAAAGGAAGACGAAGACGAGGAUGAGGAUGAGGAGGAUGAAGACGAAGAAGAUGAGGACGAGAAAGAUGAAGAGGAGUGCGACCCGAACGACCAGUACGAGAGGCGAGCUUUGGGGACUCACUUAGACGGCGUUCAGAGUCUGCGCGGCCGCGAUGACGAUUCUGAGCAAUCAGAUAGUUAUACAGUAGAGUAUGAGUGCGUAGGCCAAUAUUCACAGGCCAACGGGAAUCUCUUGGAGGAUCAAGCGAGGUCCUGCCCGCCUAUCGUCUCGUCUUCUUGCUGAUGGAUGGAAUUGUGAAUGGGACACCUGGAUGAAAACACAGUUGGUUGGGUACAUGGACGUAGCGAGGUAUACGUUUAGCUCGUACACUUCCUCUUGAUGCACCGACAUCAGCGCGGGAGAGCAGGAGAAUGACGCACCAUUCUUGUUGCCGAAGAUGCCAGUUGUCCAGGACUCAUUCGAAGCUUGACCAUAAGCGAGAGACUCUGGAGC